AUGGAAAAUUUAGAUAAUAAUCAAAAUAUUGAAGUAGUACAAAUAAAAAAGAGUUGGUCAAAAUAUCUCAUUGAUUAUCUAAAAGAUCUUAAUUUUUAUAAAUCAAAUUCAAAUGAUAUUGAAACGAUAUAUAAAGAACGAUUAUCAGCUCGUUUAUUUAUCUCUUUAUUAUUUAUAAUUAUGAUUUGUAUAAUUAUCUAUUCUUCGCUUUUAUUACGUACAGUCAAUAUGACGGUUCGUAAUCCUUCUGAAAAGAAAUUUAAAGAUAUUUAUGAUAAAUAUCCUAAUACUUUAACAUGUCCUUGUUCUUAUACAAGUCCACAAUAUAGUGAAUUCGCUAAUUUUCAAGUUACCGUCCAUGAAGUUUGCAAUAGUGUAUUUAUUUCACAACAAUGGAUUAAUGAAAUUUAUAAUGCCAAUGUUUCAUUUAUUCCAUCAAAUGAUGUUCGAACUGUAUUGAGUAGUUUUUGGCAAUUAGUUCGUUCAUUUUGUGGUAUAAUAAAUAUGUCUCUUGAUGAUGCAUUCAGUGAAUUUGGUUCAAAUAACUUAUUGAGUCUUUCUGCACAAUCUCAACAAUUAUUAGAAACAAAAGUAAAAGCAACUCUAGAUUUCGUAAUUAAUUCAACAAUAAUAAAUCUUAAAAAAAAUCUAGCUAUUACACGCGAAACAAUUUCGAUUAAUGAACCAAUAUCAAGCUUAGCUACUAAUUACUUCAUAUAUAUAAGUAGUGUAAAAGUAGGUGUGACUCCACCAAUCGAUAUUGAUAUAAAUGCAACAUCUUUCCCGGAUGGCUGUUCUUGCGAGAACCUUGAUGGAUGUCUACGUUCGGCUGUUAUUUUUGAAUCUGAUCAAAGAUCCAACUUCGAAAAUGUAUCAGGCAUUAUGUUCGAUUGUUUACCAUUAGAUGCUGCACUUGCUUCAUCAUUUGAAUGUUUCUAUGAUUCUUGGUGUUUAUCAUUAAUUAGGAAUGUGUCAAAGGCUAAUAUGAGACCAGAGCCACUUCAUAUUCAAAGCCGUUUUGAACAUAACACUACUUUAAAGAAACUUUUAGAUGAACUUAUGAUUGAACAAAUAACAAUGACAGUUAAUUUUUCAUCUUAUUAUUCUAUUUGUAAUCCAAAAUAUUGCACUUAUUCAUAUAUUCACAGAUUCGAUAAACUUUUCAUCAUUACAUUUACAGCAAGUGCAUUUGGUGGUAUAUCGGCCGUAUUAAAAUUCAUAGCACCAUUUUUGAUUAAAUUAGCAUAUUGGAUAUAUUCAUUAAAAAGCAGAAAUGGUCCACGUACUGAUUUCAAUAAAAAUCAAUCCACCAAUCUAAGUCUAACAAUUAUUAUAACUAAUCCAACUCAAAAUGAAUAUGAACAACUUUGGAAUAUGCAUUCAGAUACUCUUUAUUGUCUAUGUUCUCAAGCUGCAAUUCCAUAUUCUAAUUUUAUUCAAAUUGUACCUCAAUUUCAUCAAUUAUGUUCGACAAUCUCAACUGUCUUUAAUGCUAUGGAACAAUUUAAUUUAGAAUUAUUUGUUUCAUCUGAAGUAAUGUCUCCUAUUCUAUUUGAGACUCAAAUACACACAACAAUACAAUUAUUUCAAAAGUCAACUGCAAUAUUAUUUUUUAGUCAACUGCAAAUGUUUCGUGGAAUUACUGAAGGAAACGGUUUUAUAUCAACUGUGGGAAUCAACAUGAAAUUUCAAGUAGAUCAAAUUGCUCUCAAUGCUCCUAUUCUUUUUAUACCAAAAACUUAUAGUAAUGGAGCUUGUUCAUGUGGAACUUCAAUUAAUUGUGUAGAAUUGGCAAGUUUCUACAAUCUCACUCAUCAUACAGUUUACACUGUCGAAAAUAUCUAUACUGGAUGUUAUCUACUUGAAUCGAUUCUUCAUUCAUCACUCACUUGUUUUUUCUCCAAUUUAUGUAUGAUUGACUUGAUGCAAGCGACGAAUCUUGGAAAUCCAAGUUCACAGGGGUUAGGAUAUGUCAUUGAUAUUCCACCACUUGAGUUUUCAUCAGCAGAUUCAAACUUUAAAAUCAAUGAUACAAUCGAAACAAUUGCCUCUCAGUUAUUCAUUGAUUUCUGGUCUAGCGAAAUAUCUUAUGAACGAUAUUAUAAUGCAUGUGAACCAACACAUUGUACUUAUUUAUAUGCAGGACGCUUCGAUGUUCUUUAUGCAUUAACAGUCUUCUUGUCUGUUAUCAAUGGACUUUCAGUUGGACUUCGUUCUAUUGUUCCAACUAUGGUUCAAUUAGCAUACAAGCUACGAAAUCGUCUCUGCAGUUAA